AUGCUUCAAGAUCUACCAGUGGAGUUGCUCCAUAAUAUAGCUGAAAAGCUACAUCAACAAGAGAUAGUCAGCUUGUCAAGAACAAAUUCGUUCUUUAACAAGUUGUUGCUUCCUAGGUUAUACUCGGCGGUUACAGUAGAGUCAACACCGAAGGUUUUUGAAAAUUCAGGAGCUGAUUCACUGAUUUCAGAAAUCCAACAAGACAGAUUUCAAGUUGGAAAUGUAUAUUUAUCCUCGAUCAAAAUUACUUCAGUUUAUGCGCUUAAGCUUUUCUUUAAAUGCUUGAUUAGACAUCCUGAAUAUUGUUCCUAUGUCAAAGUCCUUGUUUUCAAAUCUCAAAUCCCCGACAUUGAGGAUUCAAAUUUGUUCAUAUAUUUAAAACAUACGUUAUACAAGAUGAAUAAUUUAAAGGUAUUCCGGUUGGAUAAGAAGUCUAUAAAUGUUAACUUAGAAUGGUUUAAUCAGGGAAUUUGUGAAAUUCAAGGAAGACUUGUUGGAAGUUCUCCUCAUCAAUUCAAUUUAAAGUCGUUGGGACUAAUAAACACAUGCGAUCUGAGCAGUGCCAAAACAUUUUGUAUGAAGAACCUACAAGAGUUGGCAAUAUUAAAACUGGCCGAUUUGAAUGUGUUUGAUAAUCUAUUCAAAAACAGCACAAGCAAAAUCCGAUUGCGGAAAUUGAUUAUUGAAAACCUGUAUUUGGAUAUUACGAUAGCUGAUUUGCUCAACAAACAUCUUGAAUUGGACCAGUUGCAAUCAUUGUCAGUUCCGCUUUGUGACGGUAGCAAUCCUAUGAAAUAUAAUGAAUUCUUGAUCAAAUUGAUUGCAUAUAUGAACAACCUUUCCGAGUUAACAUUUACAGCCACUGAUCACAGAUUGCUUCCUUCAUUGAAAUACUUGGGUCUUUCAAAAUUAAAAGUAUUAUGUGACAGUAACAAGUUUGACUUGGGAUUGAUACUUGCAAAAGUGAAUCUGGAGUCAUUACUACGAUUGGAUAUCUGUCCAACAUCUGAUAUUUCCUCCCGUGGCAAGUGCCCUACUUCUCCAAACAGCAGCUUGAAGUUACUUGGCGCAUUUUCCAAAUUGAAGAUGUUGAGCUUGCCAGUAACCGAUGAAGAAAUGUUGGUUUUACCAUCAUAUUUGCCAUCGAGUUUGGAAAUGCUAAUUGUGCAAUGCUUAUCUCCGGAUCAUAUUGAGAAUUCACUUAUAUUUUGUGAACACUACGGACAAACUUUUCAAAUGGUUCGAGAAAACAAAUAUCACGCUCGCUUUGUUUCAAUUGUUGAGAAAUUUGGCCAAAAAUUACCAAAACUAAAAUGGGGUGGGUUUGAAAAGGCAAACAAAACUUAUUUAUACCAAAAUCACGAGGGAAAAGUAAUGAAGCACGAUGGCAGUAGAAGCGAUAUAGAGCCCAUAAUAAUGAAAAAUUAG